AUGGCGUCCCAUUCGGUGUUGUCCCUGGAGGAUGCUCCAGCGCCGGACCACGGCCGCAAUCCGGACGACGAAGAGAAGGUAAACGACAAGAAGGCUCUCCCUGAGGAUGUCUUUGGAGACGAGGAGAAUGCGGAGAUUAAGUACAAGGUACUGAGCUGGUGGCAAGCUGGAUUCCUGAUGGUUGCUGAAACCGUUUCAAUUGGGAUCCUCUCACUACCGUCAGUGGUAGCUGCCCUGGGCCUUGUUCCGGCUGUCAUCAUCCUCGCGGCAAUCGGAAUCAUGUCUACCUACACAGGCUAUGUGAUAGGACAGUUCCGCUGGGCAUACCCCCAUGUACAGAGCAUGGCCGACGCGGGAGAAGUGCUGGCUGGUAAAUUUGGCCGCGAGUUCCUCGGAAUGGGCCAGUUAAUUCUCAUCAUCUUUAUCAUGGGUAGCCAUCUGCUCACCUUCACCGUUGCAAUGAACACGCUCACCGACCAUGGGACGUGCUCGCUUGUUUUUGGGGUUGUUGGCCUGGUUAUCUCCUACGUGCUGUGCUUGCCGCGGUCGUCCGCCAACGUAUCUUACCUCUCUGUUAUCUCGUUCCUGAGCGUCUUCUCGUCUGUCUUGAUUGUCAUGAUUGCGGUUGGCGUGGAACGUCCAUUCGAUGGUACGCCGGAAGCUGUAGUAGAGACAAACCUUUACCACGCUUUCCUCGGCGUAUGCAACAUCGUCUUUUCUUUCUGUGGACACGUCGCUUUCUUCAGUUUCAUUUCCGAGCUGAAGGACCCAAGAGAGUACCCCAAAUCCCUCUUCCUCCUCCAGGGCACGGACACGAUUCUGUAUAUUGCCAGUGCCGUCGUCAUCUACUGCUACGCAGGGCCAGGAGUUACUUCGCCUGCGCUGGGCUCAGCAAGCCCUAUCAUUGGAAAGAUCGCCUACGGAAUUGCACUCCCAACGAUCAUCAUUGGCGGCGUCGUCAACGGCCACGUCGCUAGCAAGUAUAUCUACGUCCGCAUCUUCCGGAAAACAGACCGCAUGCAUAAGAAGGACUUUGUUGCCGUCGGCUCCUGGCUUCUGAUCACCUUCUGCACAUGGGUUCUAGCCUGGAUCAUCGCAUCUGCUAUUCCCGUGUUCAAUAACCUCCUGAGUUUGAUUGCUUCCAUAUUCGCUAGCUGGUUUACCUACGGAUUCACCGGCAUGUUCUGGCUCUACCUCAACAAAGGCCGCUUCUUCUCCACGCCGAUGAAGACCUUCUUGACGGUGGUCAAUGUCUUUAUGAUCGUUGUUGCUGCUGUCAUUUGCGGCUUAGGUCUAUAUGUGUCCGGAAAGGCACUGCACGAGGACUCGAGUACUGCUAGUUUCUCCUGUGCGAAUAAUGCCUCAUAG